GGAAGUUACUGUUCGUCGAUAUAAAACUUUCUUCGUUACCAUUUUGAGUCUCCGGCGGCUUUCACACUCCAGAAAAAAAACACAGAAGCUACGUUUUUCAGGUAAUAUGAAAUUCUCUCCGAUCACCUCUUCUUCGUCUGGCAGUAUCUCUGUCUCAAAUUUUGUUAGAUCCAUUCGAAAAUCCGUUUAUCGAAUCACUCUUAGUCUCUUACCAUUCGUCGAAUCUAAAAAUCCCGUCUUUUUCGCUAGUUUGGUGGACUGAUAAGCUGUGAUUUGUAUGAAGAAUCGAUAUAAAGUCUCUGCUUUUUUGUGACUUUGAUUAGGUUUUUGGAGAUUUACAAAAAUGUCGAACAUAGACAUAGAAGGAAUAUUGAAGGAGCUACCUAAUGAUGGGAGGACUCCUAAGACUAAGAUCGUUUGUACAUUAGGUCCUGCGUCUAGGUCUGUGACAAUGAUUGAGAAGCUUCUUAAAGCAGGCAUGAAUGUAGCUCGAUUCAAUUUCUCUCACGGAAGCCAUGAGUACCAUCAGGAGACUCUUGACAAUCUCCGCACCGCUAUGCAGAAUACCGGCAUUCUCGCUGCUGUUAUGCUUGAUACAAAGGGGCCUGAGAUUCGUACCGGUUUCUUGAAAGAUGGGAACCCUAUACAACUAAAGGAAGGCCAAGAGAUCACAAUUACCACUGAUUAUGACAUCAAGGGCGAUGAGAAAACGAUUUCCAUGAGCUACAAAAAGCUCCCAGUGGAUGUGAAGCCCGGAAAUACCAUACUAUGUGCAGAUGGAAGCAUAAGUCUUGCUGUCGUGUCAUGUGAUCCAAACGCUGGGACUGUUAUAUGUCGAUGUGAAAAUACAGCCAUGCUAGGUGAAAGAAAAAAUGUGAAUCUCCCAGGUGUUGUUGUUGAUCUCCCCACAUUGACUGACAAGGAUGUAGAAGAUAUUCUUAAAUGGGGUGUUCCAAACAACAUCGAUAUGAUUGCUCUUUCAUUUGUUCGCAAAGGUUCAGAUCUUGUUAAUGUCCGGAAAGUCCUUGGAUCACAUUCCAAGAGUAUAAUGUUGAUGUCGAAGGUUGAGAACCAAGAAGGAGUCCUGAAUUUCGAUGAGAUUUUGCGUGAAACUGAUGCAUUCAUGGUUGCUCGUGGUGAUCUUGGGAUGGAGAUUCCGAUAGAGAAGAUCUUCUUGGCUCAGAAGAUGAUGAUCUACAAGUGUAACCUUGCAGGUAAACCGGUGGUCACAGCCACUCAAAUGCUCGAGUCGAUGAUCAAAUCACCACGGCCAACACGAGCAGAAGCCACAGAUGUAGCAAACGCAGUUCUCGAUGGCACUGACUGUGUGAUGCUUAGCGGAGAAAGUGCUGCAGGAGCUUACCCUGAAAUAGCAGUGAAAACAAUGGCUAAAAUCUGCAUCGAGGCGGAAUCAUCGCUUGACUACAACACAAUCUUCAAGGAGAUGAUUAGAGCAACUCCACUUCCAAUGAGCACUCUUGAGAGUCUUGCAUCAUCAGCUGUACGAACGGCAAACAAAGCCAAAGCCAAACUCAUCAUCGUGUUGACCAGAGGAGGUACAACAGCUAAACUGGUGGCCAAGUAUAGACCGGCUGUUCCAAUUCUAUCGGUGGUUGUUCCGGUCUUCACCAGCGAUACGUUUAACUGGAGUUGCAGCGAUGAGUCACCGGCGAGGCAUAGUUUGAUAUAUAGAGGUCUGAUACCGGUUUUGGGUGAAGGAUCUGCAAAAGCAACUGAUAGUGAAUCCACAGAGGAGAUUAUUGAAUCUGCUUUGAAGUCAGCGACAGAGAAAGGACUGUGUAACCAUGGUGAUGCUGUGGUGGCUCUGCACCGUAUUGGAGCUGCUUCGGUUAUCAAGAUCUGUGUGGUGAAGUGAUUUUUCUACUAAAUAUCUUGAAUUUUAUUCUUGGUUAAUGUUUCUUGAUGAAAUAAUCCAAUAAAGAACCAGGGAAUAGGUUCCUGAAAGUGUUUUGUGUGGGGCAUUUCUUCUCUUUCUUUUGCUGUUUUAGCUUAUAAGAUUAUGAAUGCACUAAUGACUCUUGCUCAUAUUAUUAUAGUUUAAUUAGCCAAUAAUAACAAUUUUUAAGGCUCGUUUUCUCAUCGUUUUUG